GUCUGGCCUUACCUUUUGGCUUUGGAGGCCUCGACGAGAUGUCUUCGUGGACAAGCUCUGCAUCCAUCAGACUGAUGAUAAGCUCAAGGUUGAGGGUGUGAUGAACAUGUGCGCAUUCCUCAAGCACUCCGAAUCGAUGCUUGUGUGCUGGGAUCGCACCUACGCGCACCGGCUUUGGUGCAUCUUGGAAAUGGCUGCCUUCUUGAAGACUCACGAGAAUCUCGACGGAUUGACCAUCCGUCCCGUUUCGUGGGGGCCUACAGCCAUUGCGCUCUUCGUUGGCUACUCAACCGGCGUCGUGACAUAUAUGGCGUUCUUUGAGUACCUUAUCCAGCUGGGCCUCAGUGAAACACAGCUCUGGACAAGAAUCUCAAUCGUGAUGUGUCUGCCAUUUCUACUCAUAUUCCCCUUCGUGCUCCAUGCCUAUCGCAAGCAGAUGCGGGCCAUUGAAGAAGUUCAGGAGCAGCUUCAGCGGUUUGAUUUCAAGCGAGAUCCCGAAUGCCACUGCUGCAGCGUUAAACAUGUCCAUCCUGUCACAGGCAAACCGAUGCUGUGUGACCACCAGGUCAUCCGAGAAUGCGUUACAACCUGGUUUGGCUCCGUUGCAGAGUUUGAGACCGUCGUACGUGAACGGGUCUCGAACGUGUUUACGGACAGAUUAGCGAACAUUCCGCUGCCCUACACGUGGCUUGUGGCGACCACCAUCGCGAACUUCUGGGCUUGCAUCCCGGAUAUGGCUCAAGCCGUCAGAAGUGGCGACCACACAGCUCUCCUUCUAUAUUUCGCUUCAUCUCUCGUCUACUGGCUUGCAGGCUAUCCUGCAAUACUUGUCACGGAGCUCAAGGUGGCAUACUGGCUACGGCGACGUCGCAGCUCUGGAAUAAAGGAGGCAGCCUUGAACUUCGCCUUGGGUGUCGUUUGCGCGAUGGGUUUCUUUGCAGUGAUGAUGAGCGAACUGGCAUUCAGACAUGUCUUCCACGAUGUGGUCGUGGGCGAGCUCGUCUACUACUCGCUCUUCGUGCUGAUGGCUGCACUCACCUGGGGGCCAGCUGUUGUUUCAGCUGUACGAGCCAGGUCCUUGAGGAAAGGAACCUUCAGAAAUGCCACACCAGAGAAGGUGGGCGUGGACUCCAAGUCAGUAGGCUUCGUGGAGGGGACGAGCCCCCUGCGCGAUGCUAUGUGGGGAGAGUUUACAUUGGGCAUCGCAAGCUUUCCCAAGCUGCUGCACCGAAGAAUCACAUUCCCAGCACCUCCCCUCUAUGCAGAAGGCACCCUUGUCCUGGGAGACUUCCUGGAGUUUCUGGGCUCCUUUCCAGGUGUGGGAGUCCAGCGACGGAAGUGGGCGGGGGCUGAGUGCUUAGAGAAUGCGGAUGAGAAAGCGUUGUUCACAUGGGAGCGGGCUCAGGGAGCAGAAGCUCAACAGUGCGAGCAAAAGCUGAAGAGCCAGCAGCAGCAACAGCAGCAGUUUCAGCAACAGCGGCAGUUGCAACAGCAGCAGCAGCAGCAGCAGCAGCAGCAAGAGUUGCAACAGCGCGUGCUGCAACAGCAGGCGUUGCAGCGCCGGCAAGCUUGGGCGCAGCAGUACCAGCAACAAUACCGAUGGCACCCUGCCCAAGGCUCGAUGAACUUGCACUCCCAAAUGGGCUGCAAUGGUUGUCAGACUCUGGCCAGUUCUUGGCCGCACCAGCAGAUGUGGUACAACUACCCCGUCAUGGCUGUGCGGUAUGCGCC